GGCGCUGAAGAAUUUGGAAAAUGGAAAAAAGGUAAAAACCAGCCUUGUUUGAAUUGUCGAAGCUGGUUUGCUGUCGUUUCCGUGCUUAAAUUGGUUUUGUUCGUUCGUUUGUUUUGUUCUUUCCUUGUGGCCGUCCAUGGCGGAUAACAGCAAGAGCUCGAGAAUCAGGGAGGAUAAACGGGAAGAGGAAGAAGAAGAAGAAGACGUGAAGAUGGAGAAGUUUUUUGCGCUUAUUCGGAACUUCAGAGAGGCCAGAGAUUAUUACAAAAGAAAGGAGAUGAGCGAUUUGGAGAAGAACAACAGGAGCCACAAGAAGGCAAAGAGGGUGGGCGGAGAACAAUCGAGCUGUAAUUGGGUCCCAAAGUUUGAGCAAGAGGAUUUUGCGAGAGAGGUUGUCGAGUUCAGAAGGACUCCUCUUCUAUUCUUUCCUCGUCCACACAACGAAGAGAAAAACAAGAAAGAAGGAGAAGAUGAUGGUGGCCUAGAUCUCAGACUCACCCUUUAGCAUACUGUACUGUCUUUACUGUUUUCCUUCUUCACUCUAAUCGUUCGUUCGUUCGUUCGUUCGUGUAGUUUAAGGUUUGGUUUUUUUUUUUUUUUUAAUUGCUUUCUGGUAAUUAUGGACCGAUGGAACGUAAAUUAAGCGACCCUUUUCUAUUGAAAUGCAUGAGAAAGAUGGUGUGUGAAA